AAAGAGAGUACGAAACAAUAUCAUAGGACGGACACAACUACAAAUAAUCACCAUUGGCAUCUUCUUAUGCAUAGAAUUCUCCUCUGAUUCAUUCACACACUCAUCUCUCAACAUCUGCAAUACAUAACAUAACAUAACAUACACACUUCAUCAAAUGGACUCACCUAGUUUGCGGUUCCAUCUCAAAAACUCAAAAUCCCACACUUUCAUCACACCCUCUCCUACCCUUUUCGCCAACAAUUCCAACAACUCCAAUUCCAUCAAUUUUCCAACUUCCUUUGCCAAAAAGUCCCGUGCUUUAUUCUCCAAAAUGAUGGUUUCUUCUUCUGCACCUGCAACAGCAGCAGCGCCCAUCACCUUUGGCUUCAAGAAUUUGAUGGAAACUUUCACUGUUGAUGUGCACAGAGCAGAGAACAGGCCACUGAACGUGCCCUUGAUUGCACCUUUUACCAUUGCAUCAUCAAGGUUGGAGAUGGUAGAGAACGUGGCCCUUAGAAUUGAGCUCAGCAAUGGCUCUGUGGGUUGGGGUGAGGCACCAAUUCUGCCUUUUGUUACUGCUGAGGACCAGAAAACUGCCAUGGCCAAGGCUUCUGAGGCAUGUGCCUUUCUCAGGAGAUGUCCUUCACUGACACUGGGUUCCAUGUUGGAGGAGAUUGCUGCUAUUCUUCCUGGCCAUGAAUUUGCUUCUGUUAGGGCUGGGGUGGAGAUGGCAAUAAUUGAUGCUGUUGCAAAUAGUAUUCGUGUGCCAUUAUGGAGGCUUUUUGGUGGAGCCUCAAAUACCAUAACCACUGAUAUAACGAUCCCAAUUGUUUCUCCAACUGAAGCAGCUAAAUUAGCUUCUAAAUACUACAAAGAAGGGUUUAAGACUUUAAAGCUGAAAGUUGGCAAGAAUCUGAAUGCAGAUAUAGAAGUGCUUCAAGCUAUAAGGGUUUCCCACCCUGAAUGCCAGUUUAUUUUAGAUGCUAAUGAGGGAUAUAACUCUGAGGAAGCAGUGGAAGUUCUUGAGAAAUUAAAUGAAAUGGGGGUCACACCUGUCCUAUUUGAGCAACCAGUUCAUAGAGAUGAUUGGGAUGGCCUUGGAUAUGUCAGUAACAUAGCAAGAGAAAAAUAUGGAGUGUCUGUUGCAGCUGAUGAGAGCUGCAGAAGUUUAGCUGAUGUCUACAAAAUAGCCGAAGGGAAUCUCGCAGAUGUCAUCAACAUUAAGCUGGCAAAAGUUGGGGUUAUCGGUGCUCUGAAUCUCAUUGAGAAGGCAAAAGCAGCAGGUUUAGAUUUGAUGAUUGGUGGUAUGGUUGAGACAAGACUUGCAAUGGGUUUUGCUGGGCACCUUGCUGCUGGCCUCGGUUGUUUCAGGUUCAUUGACCUGGAUACACCACUUUUGCUGUCAGAGGAUCCGGUUCAUGAAGGCUAUGAAGUUCAAGGUGCCACUUAUAAGUUCAGAAAUGUGAAGGGACAUGGUGGAUUCCUUCAUUGGGACAAUCUUGCUUAGCAAAUUCUGGUUUUCUUGGAGAGUACAACCAUAGUUAGUCUAGCAUGGCUGCUAACAUAUGAUAGUUGUGAAUGAAUGAAUGAUGUACACCUUAAAAAGAAUUCAAAUUAUUCAUUCCUUGUGAUUGGUUGGGAAGAAAAACAUUACUAUAGUUGGUUCUUGAACUAUUACCAAGAACCUCUAUGAUCAGAUUGCUUUACUUAGACAAAAAUGUGGCAUAAGUACUAUGUGAAUAAGUAAGAAAAGAAAGGUGUUUUUUAUUGUAUGGAA